AUGGCCGUGCCUACUGGCUUGACGCCCGCCCAGUUGCAGGUUCUUCUGGAGGGACCUGCUCUAUCUCCCCCACUAGGUGUUGAACCUAACUUCGAUAACCCUUAUGCCUUCGGAACUGCGCUCCAAAUUAUUCGGAAACGGGGGCCAGAAGAUUACCUUGCUAUUCUGGCUUGGGCCCUUUACGUCGCAUACGUUGCCAUAGCGAUCAUGUGCGGAUACCCAGUUGGUAGGCACCAGUGGGAUGUCAAAUUUAAAGAUAUGAAGCACUGGAUGUAUCACAUUCAUAUUGGCACCAUGAUAUAUGGAGCCAUCUGUUUUAUCAUCAAGCUGUCUAUUUUACUACAGUACAUCCGCAUCUUCUCCUCGAAACAGAGGGGCUUGUUCUUCUGGACCUGUAAUGCGUUAAUCUUCUUGAACUUUACCUUUUAUACCGUCUGUCUCUUCCUGGAAAUAUUCUCUUGUAGGCCAAUAGCAAAAGCAUGGAACCCUUUGAUUAUCGGCACCUGCCUGGAUUAUCCAACCCUCAAUACCAUCUCCGCUGCAUUCAGUUCGGCUUCGGAUUUUGCCAUCUUCCUCCUGCCACAGCCGCUUAUCUGGAAAUUCCAAAUGAGCUUUAAGAAGCGACUCGGUGUCUCCUUCAUAUUUUUAGUAGCGUUGCUGGCAUGCAUCUCUGCAAUUAUGCGACUCUACUACUCAGUCAAGCUCGCCGACAACGACGAUGUUACCUGGUACGUCAGUUUGAUGGGAUCUUUCGUGUUCCCCGAACUCGGCCUUGGUAUCGUUGUUAUCUGCCUACCCACCAUCCCCGAACUCUUCAAGACAGUUACCGCAGGAUCCAUCUUCUCUCGUGUUGGCACGACGGCUAGUAGCCACGGAGGAGGAGGUCGACAAUCUCCUCACGACAAGGCUCGACUAGAUGGCUUUGAUCGCUUGGUCGAUAAUUACGAAAAUCCGUCGUUGAGAAAACAUAAUACAACAGCCACGAGAGAAAUUGAAGUACCUAUCAUACCUCGGGGGACACAAAUACUACGGACCGUUCAUGUUAAAACCGAGUCACAGCAGCAGCCCGAGGUUUCUACCGCCAGAAUAUUUGGUUUAAACCACCAAGACAGGCCAUGGGAUGGAACUCAUGAACAUAAGGUUACAGUUUCAAGACUAUAA